AUGCACUAACAUGGUCAACAUGGGGCUUGGCUUAGUGCGAGCGCAACCUCCAAGCUAGUCAGUUGAUCCACAACCAUCCAAGCAUCUAAACAUGCAUAACUCUCUAAGAUUAUUGCUCUUAACAGUCUGUGUCGUUAUCACAAAUGCACAGAUAGACGGUCGAGAUUUUCUAAUCUUUGCACACACCACAGAUGCACCUCCGACAGCACCGUCAACAACCGCACGAUCCACCGGUGACUUUGUGCUUGUUAACAAUUUGCCGGUAGUGGGUACGAUGGCACCUUUUUGUACCGCUGCUUCGGCACCUACGCCUCAGUUCUUGGACUGUUUUGGCCGGUGUCCGACAACGCCCGAAUAUAAUCCCAUCUGUGGCAGCGACCGGCAAUUGUAUCUCAACGAGCAGAAGUUCAAUUGUGCGCGCUUCUGUGGUCGAGAUGUACAAAUUGUGCGACGGGGCAGUUGUCAAGGUCUGUUUCCCAUGCAGCGCGGCUGAAGCCAGAUGAAUCAUGUACAUAUCUUUAGACAACACAUAUAUUUAGUAUCAGGUGUAAUAAUAUCAACUGUAAAACAAGUAUGACAACUGUUUUAUUUCUGAACGUGUUUUUUUCUUGACCUGCUUCAGUCCCGAAGUAAGUUCCCGUCGUAUCAUUCCUUCGUAUCGUCGAAAUGCAACGCACUAUAGCAACCCUCAUGCAGCUGGAUGGAACUAUACCAGCCACAACAUUAGUUACCAGAACCACCAUCUAGCUAAGCCCGCUUACAAUUCGGGACCGAAUCUCAUCUACGGCAAUAAUACUGGAAAUUAUUCGCUUCAUGGGGGCUAUCGUCCCCACAACAACACUAGCUUCCCAACAUUCUAUCCAGUUAAGUACGAUUACAUGCCGAAUCCCAUCCACGGCAAUCACACUGGAAAUUAUUCGCUUCAUGGGGGCGACCAUCCCCACAACAACAUUAGCUUCCCAACAUACUAUCCAGCUAAUCCAGCGAAUCCCAUCCACGGCAAUCAUACUGGAAAUUAUUCGCUUCCCCACAACAGCACCAACAUUUUUGCCAGACUUUUCAAGCUCUGGUAGAAGCUAAACUAUCCUACAAUCUGAAAUUAAAAUCAUCUUAAAAUUCGCCGAAAAUAACAAGUCAAGGUUGAGUUCAUUUUUUCAAAAAACAUUUAUUCAGCAGAUAAUCCGCAAGUGAUCACGGGAUUAUCUUGAUCAUCGUAUUAAAUGGCUUGCUUUCCGGUAUUCCAGGAACAUAUCGCAUAUAUAUUAUAUAUAUAGCGUAUAUAGAUUUUAUAUAUAGAGUAAAUGCAGAAAUGAUGAUUGGCUCCAUUUAUGGGGGUUGUUAAGUCAAGGGUGCGGUGGAGAAUUGUCAAUGUUAAUUAUAUAUAUAUACUGGGAGACGGCGAUUACGAACAAAUCUGAUUUUGAAUCUACAUAGAUGCCAGAUGUCCGCAAUACACGGUAUUUUAGAAUGUAUAUCAGGGUAUAUCAGCUUUGAACGUAUGAUUAUUAUUAUAGCAUUUGCAGCAUUAGCUUCUUGCCGUCUGUUGCUUUGUAGGAGGAAUACCGACGAUGAUCAAAGAAAUGAAGCAAACAAAAACCCGAUGAGGCUCCCGCGCCGCAGUCCGGUAAAAUCCCACGCCGCCGUCAGAAACUCCCACGCCGCAGUCCGAGUGCUCCCGCGCCGCCGUCAGGAAAUAUCCCACGCAGCCGUCAAGUGAAUUCCCACGCCGCAGUCAAGUGUGCUCCCUCGCCGCUGUCCCAAAAGAGUAUUUCCCACGCCGCAGUCAUCCAUCCGCUAGAUCUCCCUCGCCGUCAGUCCCAUCAGCCCGGUCCGGUCCGCUCCAGUCCACAGGGGUUUAAGGUUUUCCCUCGCCGCAGUCGAUUCGGUAUCCCACGUUGCCGAUGCCUAUAGAGUAGAAGCGUUGUCCCUAGCGCCCUCGCCUAACCGAAGCCCUAAUACAAAUCCCACGUUGCGCAACAUGCGAAUCCCUCGCUGCCGUCUCAUCUCCAUGGUUAUGGUAUUGCAUCCAGCGCCGCCGUCCACUCUUAGUGGUGUCCCACGCUGCCGUCAAUUCGAGGUAUCCCACGCUGCCGUCCAUACUUGGUUAUCCCACGCUGCCGUCAAAGCGAAAAUGCGUUACCGAAAAAUGUUGCGACAAAACUUGCGACAAUAAGCGAGAUCCUUCAAGAAAAUUCCCAUUCAUUCAAUCCUAAGCGCCACUCAGAAACGGAAGAUGAA